CAAAAAUUUGUUUUCCAGGUUAUAUUAUUGAUGAAACACGUUGAACAUUGAGGAAGUUCAAUUUUAAAAAACCUUGGCGUUCGUUAAAGGAAAAGACAUAAACCGAGAAACGAUGUCUGUCAUUAAAACAACACUGUUGGCUGCCAUUGAAUUUUUCGAAAGUUCAUCAACUUCAACAGACAGAAACUGGUCGUGGGUAGUUCUAUUUUCGUCAUCUAUGAUAUCUGGCUUUACAUGGGGUAUUCAACACGUCAGUGGUAUAUUCUAUAGUGUUUGGUUGGAAGAGUUCAAAAUUUCAAAAGGAACUGUUGCAUGGAUCACAGGGUUGCCUUUAGGAUUGUUGUUACUUCUAUCACCCCUAUAUCCAACUAUAUAUCGGAAAUUAAAAGGAUUUCAGAUUGGUUCAGUAUUUGGAAGCAUUUUAACUGGAGUAUCCUUACUGUUAUCGUCCUAUGUUACAAAUGUCUAUCUUCUAUUCUUUACCUACAGUUUCCUGACAGGAAUUGGUUUGCUGUUGUUAGCUACUCCAAUAAUAAUGAUUAUUCCCAAGUAUUUUCACAAACAUGUCUCAUUCGCUACCGCGUUUGCAACAACAGGAUCUUUCAUUACACCACUGUUUCUAUCACCAUUGAUAAGCUAUCUAAAUAGAAAAUUCUGUUGGAGAGUUGCACUCAGAGUGUUGGGUCUUCUUGUGAUUUCAAUUUGCACACCUUGUGGGUUACUGUGGAGAAACCACUCGUCGGAUACUCCAAAUCUUCAUUCACUUCAAAGAAAGAAAAGCACAAAGGGCUGGAACAAAUACAAACGUCUUUUAAAAAAAAGACAUUAUUUGAUAUUUUUACUAGCAACCACUUUGGGAUCUUUAGACGCUUCUGUUUCCUUAACCCAUCUUGUUCAACAUGCAAUAGAGUCUGGUACUGACAGAAAUGACGCAAACUGGUUACCCGUGUACUUGUCAUUGGGAAACAUAAUCGGUCGUUUAUGUCUUGGGAAAGUAUUUGAUAUACAAUGUAUGAACAAAAUGAUUUUCUAUAAAAUAUUAAUGAUCAUGUCAGGGUUGACAGCAGUUGUUGGAUCUUUUUCGGUGGAAUUUUAUCAGCUAAUUCUAUUUGCCAUUUGCUAUAUGAUAUUCGAUGGUGCACAUAAAGCGCAACAGUCCAUUAUAUUAUUGAGUAUAACUGGAAAAAACUUACUGUUGGAAGGAUGGACACUUUUAAUGAGUCUAGGAGCAAUAACUUUCGUGUUGGGUCCCGUCUUGGUUGGAUACUUUUCAAGUGGAACAAGUAGCUACAAAGUCAUGUUUUAUUUCAUGAUCGUUCCAUCCAUAUUGGCAUCCUUACUUUUAAAUUUGAUGUACUUCUUUCCUCCGGUAAAUAUGGAUGAUUUGUCAAAGGAGACAAGAUCUUCUGAAGUUCAUAUAGGUCCUCUGGAAAUGACACAAUGGGAUUUAAACUGA